AGGCUUCGGGCGAGGGGAGUGGAGAACAUGCUGGCUUGCUUUCGUCCAGUCCUAAACAGAAGCCACUCCGGGAAGAACGCACCGUCGACCCUCCCGAGUGCCAAAAGCAGACUCGCAGCCAUGGACCUGAUGUACCUGCCCGACACCUACCAGAGCAAUUACUACAAUUACGAGGAGGAACGCAUCCUCUGGGGCCCGAACAAGUCCACCUCGAAAGUGGCCGAGAAACCGAGGCACCGACAAUCGUCAGGCUCGAAAGACCACAAAGACUGUCCGAUGUGCAAAGCGAAUCGGCGCCGUCAACUCAACAACUACAUUCGCUCAAAGUCGAGGCAGGAUAGCGAAAGUACGAUCGAAGAAGAGGAGGAAGAACCCCAAGAACAGCAAAAGUGAAAAAUUUUCGAUCGCGAAAAUCAUGGACUGGAGAGAUUGGGUGCAAAACACGUGAAGAGAUCGUUGGUUGCGCCCGAGAUAAGACUAAAAAAUGUUAAUCGCUGAUAAGCGCUCCUCCUUUUUGUACAAAUAAUUCGCAGUUCGCACUUAACACUUUGCCCUGUAGACCUGAGAGACAGGAGAGUUGACUCCUGAGGAGUAUUAGCACUUUUUAAAACUGAUUUUGAUUUUUUAAAUUUUGGUUUAAUGAAUAUUUUAUUAAGUUUAAGGUUUCUAUAUUUUUGUCAAACGUGGAUAAAAACUAAUGGAAAAAAGAUAAGGCCAAUGUACGGCAAAGUCUGAUUAAAAGAUUAAAAAACUAACUACUUCAAAUAGAGAAAAAUAAAUUUCUACAAAGUUAUUUCUAUUUUCUGGAAAAAAUGCAUUUUAUUUAUUUAACCCUUGGCUCGAAGAAAUUCAUUUGUAAAUUUUAAUUGUCUUUUGUAUUAAAGACAAAGCAUUUUAGUCACAGGCGAUCGCCUUCACAGUUCAGUGAAUCAUGCUAUUUUUAUUUAGCGAGUGACUCUCGGCCAUCGGUGCAUGUAUCUGCAGCCUAUUCUUGGCACAUUGCAUGGGAAACCGCUCUGGGGCCCCAAUGGUGCACUCGAGUCGCCUUGUCGGCGAACACGGCAGGCGCAGUGAGAGAUACCGCAGCGCGCAUGACGUUCAUUUUGCACUUGGGCCAAAGUUUCUAAAACUACGAGGCACAGUGACGGGUGAAAACAAACCGUUAAAAAGGCGAGCACCGAGUCUCUGAUAAGAUUUUUCGAGAUGAAGCCGAAGAUAAGCAAAAAGGACGAGCUGCGCAAUAACAAUAGCGGCUCGUGUUGUUCCUGCAAGGGAAGUUCGUCCACUGGUACUGUUGAGAGCUGCGUCAACAGAUUUUGCAAAAAUUCAAACUGCAAAUGUGGCAGGUCGUGCAGGUGUGGCCAAGUUGUAUUCAAGGUGGCCAUGGGCUCUCCCUUUUCCCUUGAUUUUCACUAAUUGGCGACCCACAAAGUUCAAUCGGAUCUCUGCUUUUUUGGCAAUAGCUUUGUAAAAUAAUUGUUGACAUAAUAAACAGAUUUGAAUUUACUAA